AUGAAGCUCUCACUACUCCCAUCGAUCUCUAGCGUUCUGUCGCUUGCUUCGGCGCAGUCUCUUGUUGAGGUCCUAUCAUCGCAGCCGCAACUGAGCUCUCUCCUAGCUGCCCUGCAAGAGUUCCCAGAUCUGGUCGAUACAGUCUCCCGAACAAGCAACAUCACCGUGCUCGCUCCUGCCAACUUCGCACUUGCAGCAUUUCUCGAGACCGACGAAGGAGCCAGAUUCUCUGCAGAUCCCGAGUACGCGAGAGCGUUUCUGUCUUACCAUGUCCUGCAGGGCACAUACAACUCGACCUAUUUCAACGGGGUACAACCUUCUACACGCGGAGCCGAAUUCUUCCCGACGCUUCUUCAACCUGGUCCGUAUUGCAACGUGACUGGCGGACAGACUGUUGAAGCCACUGCUGGUACUUUUGAGGUCGAAGACCUUACCAACGUUACAUUCUUCAGUGGAUUUGUGCUUGACUCCAAUUGGGCAGAUGAAAGUUUGCUGGACCUAGAAUUCGACGGCGGCCUCAUCCACGGCAUCAACCCACCUCUGACGCUGCCACCGAAUGUCUCGACCAACCUUGUCGCAGCGCAGCGCGAAUCACUUCUAGGUGCCAUUCAACGUGUUGGACUCCUCGAAUCACUCGAAUCGUCAAAGGACCUUCUACUCUUCGCACCAACAAACCAAGGCUUUCAGAACAUUGGCUCAGAGAUUGACAAUCUGUCUGACGACGACCUUCGAGAGAUUCUCCUCUACCACGUUGCCAUAACCAAUGGCACUCUUUACGGCACAGGCCUCACAGACGGUCUUCGCUUGCCUACUCUGAACGGCAAUGAGCUCACCAUCACAGUACAGAACGGUCCUGGUUUCGAGAACGUAGGCGUCGUCUCAGAAGAUUUCUUCGUCUUCGUCAAUGGCGUUCGAAUCAUAAAUUUUAACCUACCAAUUGAGAAUGGAGUGGUAUUCGGCGUGGACAACGUCCUCAACCCAUUCAACACAACCGCUCGCCCCCCUCAAAGCGCCACAGUUGGUCAACGCCAAUUCCGCGAAGCGCGCGCUGGAACUGUCUUCCCUUACACUGAGGGCAUCAGGACAACAGACAGCCCGAUUUUCUCGGCUACCAAUGUGGCUGGCACUACACCUCCACCAAAUACUCCUACGCCUUUGAUUGAGACCAUGACUGGUACUGGAUUGGUUGGUACUGGAUUUGGCAACGGUACCAGGCCGAACAUCACGGCUGCGGCGACUCCGGCGCAGUAUACCGGUGGCGUGCCGCCUAUGAUCACGAAAGCGCCUGUGUUGGGUGCCAUCGCAGCCGGCGCGUUAUUUGCAGGAUUGUAG